AUGGCUCGCCAAAAUGUUCUCUUCAUUGCCUUCGUCGUUGCUGCUCUCGUUCCAGUGGCCACUUUCGCGAAAGAGAUCAUAGUGGGAGAUGCUGCAGGAUGGGUAGUAAAAUUUGAUUAUGUAAGUUGGGCUAAGAAACAGGACUUUCACGUUGGGGACACUCUAGUUUUCAAGUAUCCUCAAGGAGCUCAGACUGUGAUUAAGGUGGAUGAAAAUUCCUACAAGAAUUGCAUUAUCCCACAGGAAAGUCGGGGAAAUCCGGUAUUAGGUUCAGGAAAGGAUGUAAUUUCUUUGGAGUCGCUGGGAAAGAAAUGGUUCGUUUGUGGGAUACCACAACAUUGUGAGAAAGGUGGACAGAAAUUGGAGGUAGACGUGAAAGCAGCUGCAGCUUCACCAGCAAAGACUACUGCAUCACCUAAUGCAGCUCCGGUUCCUUCUGCAACCAAGUCACACAAAAAAACCGCGAAAUCUCCGGCAACCCCAUCUCCAGCUCGUUCUGCGACCAAGUCAGACAACAAAACAUCGACAUCAUCUCCGGCAGCCCCAUCUCCAGUUCAUUCUGCAACCAAGUCAGACAACAAAAUACCGAUAUCAUCUCCAGCAGCCCCAGCUCCAGCUCAUUCUACAACCAAGUCAGACAACAAAACAGCGACAUCUCCGGCUGUGGCGACACCUUCCAAUGAUGACUCAUCGAGUGGGGCUCCAGCUCCUGCACCUGGAAGCUCGGCAAACGGACUCAAUGGCUAUCAACUACCUGUGGCAAUAAUGGGGGCAAUUGCAGCUCUGGCAAUCUUUUAA